AUGCCAGCCCAGAGAUCCAGCCCAGCCGCCACCGCCGCCGUGGUUCUCACACUCUUCUCCUGGGCUCGCCUUUCAGAGCAGGCACCUGCGAACGGGUCGACAUGGUCUUACCUCGAAUGUAAAGUCUCGUUACCUUCCUUGGCUUUCCCAGGUCCUGAAGGAGAAAAGAUGUGGCCAAAGAGAUACCCAUUUUGCGGGGGGCAAUUCCAGUCUCCCAUCGAUUUCCAUGAGGAUAUUCUCCAGUACGACUCCAGUCUCCUGCCUAUAGAAGUGGAAGGGUACAACGUGUCAUCUCUCGAACAGUUUAUCUUGAUCAACAAUGGACAUUCAGUCAAAAUGAGCCUGUCCCCCACCAUGCAUGUCCGAAACCUCCGGAACAAGUUCUCUGCCGCGCAGCUCCAUUUACAUUGGGGGAACCAGAACAAGUUGGAAGGAUCGGAACACACGGUUGGCGGGAAACAUUUCGCGGCCGAACUCCAUAUUGUACAUUAUAACUCCGACCUAUAUCUAGAUAUGGAUUCAGCGGCGGACAAGUCCGACGGACUGGCGGUCUUGGGAAUCCUGAUACAGGUAGGCCGGUUCAACCCUUCCUAUGAAAAGCUCUUCAAUCAUUUGCAGAAUGUGAAAUACAAAGAUCAGGAAACAUACAUCUCCGGUUUCAACAUCCAAGAACUGCUUCCAGAUAGACUGGAUGAGUAUUACCGUUAUGAAGGAUCCCUGACCACGCCCCCCUGCUACCCAAGUGUUCUUUGGACGGUUUUCCGGAACCCAGUAUAUAUUUCACGGGAACAGCUGAUGGCCCUUCAGACGGCUUUGUAUUGCACACAGCUGGAUGAUCCCGCCCCCAUAGAAAUGGUGGACAACUUCCGGAAAGUGCAGGAGUUUGAAAGGAUGGUUUUCGUCUCCUUCCAACAAGGUUUUGUGGAAUCCAUCGUCUUGGCCAGUAGUCUUGUAGCUGUUGUGGUCCUGGUCUUGACCUUUUGGCUGAUUCGGAGGACAACGAGAAGCAGAAGGACCAAGGAAGACAAAGGCAUCAUCUACAAACCGGCCAUCAGCAAAGAGGAGGAAAACACCUCCACGGCGUAA